CGACAGUCCAGCCAGGCCGGCCAGGCCAGAUCGUUACCACCCCCAACAAUAUUGUCUUGCACCUCAUCGUCUUCGCCGUCACAGCAUCAAACCACGCAUCUGAUAGUCACAUCGGUCACCUGCAGUAUUCCCACACCACCCAGCUUGUCUCGACAUACGCCGCCAAAACCCCAAGCCAUCAGGUACUUCGUUCUAGAUCGGCACUUGGUCCUCGUGCCGUUCCCAAGCUGCUGCGACCGCAACCAGCAGCGAGACCCCUGGAACCCGCCAGCAACAGACUGCGGCAGCCCAACCCUCUUCGUGAUUGUCCCUGGUACUUCUUGUUGUUGUUGAGGGUGGGAGUGCCAGUUGGAUCGUCGGAAUACCCUGACUCUUGCUGGUAGAAGCCCUCCCUAAAUUGUCCACUCCCACUCAUCAGAGGCCUCACCGCCGCACGUUGAGUGAGAUGGCGGAUCCAGAUCCGUUAUCGGUCCCUGCCACCAAGCACGAUACCACCGACAGCGAAGGCGGCUACUUUCAAGGCGCCGACGGCACCGCAGAUUCGCCCAGCGAGCAUGCCGUUACAGACACUCCGACUCUGGGCCCGACCACCCCUGGCUCCAGCAGUCCCAAGCUGUCGAGAAACCCGUCCUUCUCGAAUAGCAGCUCAUAUCAAGAAGACUGGGAGGCCUUCCCGCCCUUGGAUCGUCUGGGUGUGUUGGACAUCCUUGACAACUUUGCUCUGCCGCAUCAGCUUGAGAAGCUGCAGAGAGGGCUGUCAGCUCAGACCCAGAAGGUGCGCAAGUCGCGAGAUGCCCUCAAGAACAGGAGCCAGGUCGCGCGGGAGCGCAUGGUCGAGGAGUGGAGGAGACGCGUCCCUCCUGCGGAAGAACAGCUCGACCGCUACAAGAAGCGCAUGCGGACGAGCGUCGACAAGCUGGGCAAGCAGUGGAAUGACACAAAGGUCAUCACAUUGCGCGAGAAGGUCGCGUUCAUCUGCGGCGUCCUGAACAUCUUCAUCAGCGGCUACUUGAUCGGCGCCUACCCAGAAUACAUGCACCUGUGGUACUCAGCCCAGACCUUGUACUUCAUGCCGAUUCGAUAUUACACCUACCACAAGCGAGGAUAUCAUUAUUUCCUGGCCGACCUCUGCUACUUUGUCAACCUCUUGCUGAUGCUCAGCAUAUGGGUAUUCCCGGGCUCGAAACGGCUCUUUGUCGCGACCUUCUGCCUGACCUUUGGAAACAACGCGGUUGCAAUCAUCAUGUGGAGGAACUCUCUCGUCUUCCACAGCUUCGACAAGGUCACGUCUCUCUUCAUACACAUCAUGCCAUGUGCCACCUUGCACUGCGUAGUCCACCUUUUACCCCCCGAUCUACAGCUCCAGCGAUUUCCCGCAGCCUACACGGUGAAGCACUCGCCGCCCGGCUCUCCCACGGCUUACGCGAACAUAAUUUCCAUGCUCGCCUGGAGCACAAUACCUUAUGCCGUCUGGCAGAUCACCUACUACGUCUUCAUCACCGUCCGGCGGCGAGAGAAGAUCGCAGCGGGCCGCCCCACGUCCUUCACCUGGCUGCGCAAGUCGUACUCCAAGGCCUGGCUCGGGAGGAUCGUCCUGUCCCUCCCCGAGAGCCUCCAGGAAGCGGCAUUCAUGCUCAUCCAGUACUCGUACGCCGUGCUGACCAUGCUCCCCUGCCCGAUAUGGUUCUACAGCCGGUGGGCCUCGGCGGGCUUCCUGAUGGUCGUGUUCGUGUGGAGCAUCUACAACGGCGCGACCUACUACAUCGACGUGUUCGGCAAGCGCUUCCAGAAGGAGCUCGAGGCGCUCAAGGCCGAGGUGUCGAGGCUGCACGUCGGGCCGGACGGCCUCCCGAGCCCGCUGAUGACACCGCACGGGGAAGGGGCCGCGGCACCGCAGAAGGAGGCGCACGAGGGCGCCGGUGCCGACUCGGCCGGGAACAUCGACAGCAUCCCGCUUCUUAAUGAGGAACGAGAGGUGAAGCGUGGCAGUGCCAGUGGGGUCGAGAUCGACGGGGGAGCAAAGGACGUGGCUAGGGAAAGGAAGGCCGGUGUACCGGGCUCAUGACAUUGACUUGGCGCUCAUGUUACGGUUUAUAUAAUUGACGAUGUUUCUCUCCUCUUGUUGUUUUCUCUUUGUUUAGUCAGCACAGGUUGGACAUUCGAGGCCGGGCGGGGCGGGUCGGUCUGGUAUGGGAGUUGCUCGAUUUUUGAUUGAUACCCAGACGAUGGAUGGGUUUGGUUAUGUAGUUCUGGCUGGUCCAAGGCCGUCAUUUCAGUUUCCUUUUGGCUGCGCUUCAUAAAUGCUCGGUGUGUCUUUUCAUUGUGUGUGCAUUUUAUUUAUACCUCUGAAUAAACUUCACGAGCGGCUUUCACUACUAGACAUUCACUUUCCGCCUUGGAAAU